CUGACACUCUUUCCAAGUUGCAGGAAAAUUGGGACCACAAGCCUGUUGGGGGAUAAUUUGAUAUCUCUCUCUUAAAUUAAACAUAAAACUGGAGAAUUCCAACUCCGUAUCUCUCUCAAAUGUUAUGAUGUUUAGAGAAGCAAAACUUGUGGCGUUAGCGCUCUUCCACACUUUCUUGCUUGCAAUUUGUGCUGCUAAUGGAAACCAGACUUGCAGACCCUCUUCUUGUGGAGAGAUUCAAAACAUCAGCAACCCUUUCCGAUUGAAAGGUGAUCCAUCUGGGUGUGGUUAUCCUGACUAUGAAUUGGUCUGCGAAAACAAUCGUACUAUGGUAAACUUCUGGGAGGGUCAGAAAUACUAUGUUGCUGAUAUCAACUACGAUCACUCUACCAUUCGGGUAGUGGAUCCUGGGGUCGAAAAGGGCAACUGUCUCUCAACUCAUCUGUAUUCCUUGUCAUAUUACAGCUUGAGUUCAUAUGAUAGAAAUUGGGAGGAAGUGACCAAUACAACGGUUUUGAUGAACUGCGAGCAGCCAAUAAGUGAUGGCAACUAUAUUCCUAUCACUCCUUGCAACAGAAGCAAUGUGACUUCAUCUUCCUCACAAGCAUAUGUUUAUGCACUAGUCGGAGAUUUAAACAUGGAGGUGGGAGAGAUUAAGUAUUCAUGCACCAUCCUCAGGACUAUUGCUACUCGAUUCUUGAAGCACGGCAAUCUUUCAAUGUCAGAUUUGCAAGAAGUGCUGCUUCUGGGGCUUGAUCUUUCAUUUUUGAGCUUCCGCUGCAAAAGCGAAUGCGAGGUGAAAGGGCUAGACUGCGAGCGGAAUUAUAGCAAUUAUACCGUACAGUGCACCAAACGUAUGAGCAAUGUUUAUUUUUAUCCAUUCAUGUAUUUAUUUUGCUUCAACAUUUUAUAACUAAUAAUAUUUGCUUAAUUGGUUUGA